GUGGUAUAUGGCGUCCCUUCCAAGGAUGGAGAGCAUGGUUUGCUCUCGGAUCAGCUUGCUCGAUAAAAUGUGUCGCGUGCUUGCUUGCUGGGACUGAGAAGGCGAGUCUCUGUAUCUGUAACCGAAAGGGACGCUCCCAUUCUCGAUAGCCCUGGCUAUUAAAAAAGUGUAUAUAUAUCCUAUAGAACAGAGGAUGUGAAAGUCAGACCUGGGAUCUUCGCUCUCAGUUCAGCAUCCAGCUCUUCCCACCAGUCGCGACGUAGUAUUCAGCUCAGCAUAUACUUAGGCGUUAACAGCAAUGGCAUUCUCCUUCGUCAAGCUCUUGGCCUCGGUUUCGUUGGCUUUACUGUGUACUUCUGGUGCUGUCGCUGCCCCGUGGCCCUCGUCGAUCUCCCAUGAGACCAAGAGGACACGUAUUGUGGGGCGCGAUGCUACUCUGAAGUUGGACACUUUCCACCCGGCGUCGACGUUCGAGACCUUCGGUGUGGAUGGCUUGGAUCACCCAUUGGCCGCUCGUGGAGACGAGUUCGACUUGCCAGACGCUGCACUCUCCUUCGUCCAGACCAAACUCGACGUUUCCCAGGAUGCUGUGACGUUGAAGUCGAGCUUCGUUGGCGAGGCCGCUCAGCAUGCGUUUGUCAAGCAGCAACACGAUGGUGUUGCGUUUGCCAACGCCGUCGCUAAUGUUGCGUUCAACAUGGAUGGAAAGGUCGCUUCCUUCGGCUCUUCAUUCGUUGCACCAAGCACGAUCCCAUCCUCCACCCCUUCCGUCUCCCUCGAAGAUGCAAUCAGCACCGCCGAACAAACACUUUCUGGAACCUUCAACUCCCACACUCCCACGCUCGAGUUCCUCGCUCUCGAGGACGGAAGCGCCGCCCUCACCCAUGUCAUUCAGAUCCAGAAUGAUACGACUGGGGACUGGUUCGAGGCGUUUGUGGAUGCGCAUGAGAAUAAGGUUUUGUCGGUUACGGACUUCGUGUCGAGGGCUUCCUUCCGCGUUUUGCCUAUCGAUGAGGAGAUCUUGACGGAGGGGUUCCAGACGCUUACGGACCCGGCGGACACGACGGCGUCUCCGGAUGCGUGGAACAGCGACGGCACUACGACUACCACCACCACUGCUGGCAACAACGCCAUCGCGUUCAAAACCUCCCAGACCACCGGCACGACCUCCCAAUCCUCCUCCGGCCUCAACUUCAUCUACGUCCAAGACGCGACCACAGCGCCCACCACCGCCGUCAACGUCCACGCCGCCACGACCAACGCGUUCUACGUCGUCAACACGAUCCAUGACGUUUCGUACAAGUAUGGGUUCACGGAGUCCGCGUUCAAUUUCCAGAACAAUAAUUUCGGGAAGGGUGGCUCGGGGAAUGAUAGGGUUACGAUUAGUGUGCAGGAUGCGGCGGGGACGAAUAAUGCGGAUUUUGCGACGCCGGCUGACGGCCAAUCCGGACGUAUGAGGAUGUUCCUCUGGACCGAGACCUCGCCCCAGCGCGAUGGUGCUCUCGAGAACGAUAUCGUCAGCCACGAGAACACACACGGGAUCACCAACCGCAUGACCGGCGGUGGGACUGGUCGGUGCUUGCAGACUACUGAGGCUGGUGGUAUGGGUGAGGGAUGGUCGGACACCAUGGCCAACUGGUUGGAGCAGGAUGGUCCUACGAUUCAAGAUUAUGUGCUCGGCCAGUAUGUCACCAAUGACCCCGCCGGUAUCAGGACCCACCCAUAUUCUACGUCUUCGACGACAAACCCUCUCAAUUACGCCAGCGUUGGAACCCUCAACGAAGUGCACAAUAUCGGUGAAGUCUGGGCGAACAUGUUGCACAAUGUCCUGGCAUCCCUCGUGAACGCGCACGGCUUCUCCUCCACUGCUCGUACCGACCCGACCGGAAACGCAGGAAACACCAUUUUCCUUCACCUCAUGAUCGAUGCUCUGCCUCUACAGCCUUGCAACCCCACCUUCCUGACCGCCCGCGAUGCCAUCAUCCAAGCCGACGCUAACCGCUUCGCCGGAGCGAACAAGUGUAUCCUCUGGAACGCGUUCGCUAGCCGUGGGUUGGGUGUCAAUGCUGCGAACCAUCGUAACGACGCGACAGUGCCAGCUGGGUGUUGAUUGCGAGUUGUUACGAUUUGAUUGUUGGUAUGGGCGAUGGUUGGGCGAUGGUAGAUGACGAAACUAGGAUAAAGCGAGGGAAUUUUGUAGCUUUUAGGAUUGGGCUUUAUUAGCCUUCGAAGAGUUCAAUGACCGAAGGAUACAUAGCCUGCUGUGCGACUUCCCGAGUCCUCGAAUGGUUCAAUACGAUGCACUGCAUCUUGAAUAAGCAGUCGAGACAGAUACAAACG